UAUCAAAAAAAAAAAUAUAUAUGUAAAAGUCAAGAUAACUAAGAUUCGGUUUCAAACCAUACAUAUGUCAGAUUUAACUUUCUACAAAACAAUCAUUGAUUAAUGCAUAAGUUAUCUUUCAAGAUCUAUCAAAUCGCAUGUUUUCUCUCCUCAACAAAACCCUUAACAAUUCUUAGGAGCGUCUGUCAGCUCCUAAUCCUUUGAUUAAUCAAUUUUCUUGCGUUAACUCAGGUAUUGAUCAAAUGGAACUAUUCCAACGGGCAGAGAGCGUACGUCUUAGAAAUCGAAAAGACAAGUACCUUAUAGCAAUGGAUGACAAAGAAUUUGUGUCACAAAGCCGUAAAGGAUCAAAUAAAGAUUCAAUUUGGAAUGUAGAAUUUGUUGAAGGAAGACAAGACGCCAUUCGUCUCAAGAGUUGUUAUGGAAAAUACCUAACAGCUACCAAUACACCAUUCAUUCCAGGGGUUGCUGGAAAGAAAGUGAUCCAAGCAGAUCUUCCAGAAAAAAACUACCCAUCCGCGGAAUGGGAAGCCGUAAGGGAUGGAUUUCAGAUCCGCCUUAAAUCAUUUUGGGGGACUUACCUUCGACCUAAUGGAGGAUUACCACCAUGGAGAAACUCUAUUACACAUGAGGCUCCUAAUACUAAUAGGAAACACGAAAAGGUCUUGUGGGAUAUUGAGGUUGUGGAGAAAUGUAGUCCUAGUUUACAUCGUCGUACCAGGUCAGAUUCGACCUUUCAGAGAUUAGAUUUAACUUUUGUCAGAUCAAAUUCACAUUCCAUGGCCUCCACUCUUGUUUCACCAAAGCCAAAGUCCCAGGUUGGAGAACGUCAGGAAGUCAGUUAAAUCAAUGUGUGUAACAUGUAUCUGCAGCAGGUAAAAUAACCAUAGUUGUGUUGCCAAAUUGGUUAGAGUUAGGAGAAUGAAAGAUGUUAUCUUUAUAUACGAAUGUGCUGAUUUAAUAUAUAUAUAUAUAUAUAUAUAUAUAUAUAUAUAGCAUAGAAAUCUUCCAUGUAGUAGCUUAAGAUUCAUGUAAUUGAUUUC